AUGGAAAACUUCCCAUUGCUCUCCCGCCUUUCCUCCAUGGAGAACAUCGAUCUCUCCUCGUUCAAGAAGCGGUUGAACGCCGAUCUCUCCUCGACGAAGCGGUACCUGCGGUGGAAGUGGCUGAGGCUGUCGAGGAGGCGGUUCCUGGCGCGCAACUUCGAGGGCGCGCCGCCGGGUCUGAAGGCGGACUUCGUGAGCAUGCUCGAGGACGAGGAGGGCGCGGACGUGACGUUCGUCGUCGGCGACCGGCAGUUCCGCGCCUACAGGCGCGUGCUCACCGCGGGAUCGCCGGUGCUCGACGCGGAGCUCGUCGGCCGCCAGAUGCAGGAGACCUCCGCGGAGCUCGUCAAGAUCGACGGCAUGGAGCCGGCCAUCUUCGAGGCCCUCCUCCACUACGCCUACACGGGCGCGCUGCCGGAUAGCGUCGACGGCAACGAGCCGCUGCAGCGACUGCUGGUCGCGGCGGACCGGUACGGGAUGCACAACCUGAUGGCGAUGUGCGAGUGGAAACUGUGCAAGAGCAUCGACGCGCAGACCGUCCCGACGACGCUGGCAUUGGCCGAGCAGCACCACCGUGCGAAGCUGAAGGAUGCUUGCAUCAGAUUCCAGUCCUCCAAGAUCAAGAGUGUGCUCGCCGCCAUCAAGGAACAGGAGCUGCCGUCGCGGGUGACAGGGACAAUGGCCCGGUUGGGGACGCGCGUCCAAGGGAGGCUAACGCUGUUGGGGACGAAGGCGACCUCGUUGUUCCUCCAUGCGAGGAACAGCCAGGCCUGCCGGGACACCCUGCUGUUUGUCUCCUCGUGGGGCCUUCUCCUAUACCUAGCCAUCCAAAUGGAGCACGUCAUAGAGGAGGCUAUCCAACUUGAGCAAGACUCUUGGCUCGACAACCUCCAACAGAUGCAGUCUUCCAUCUCUCGGGUCUCCUGGAUCUGCCGCCUCGCUUUCCUUGAGCGCAAUCUCCAAGAGUUCCAAGAAUCCGCAUGGCUCAACUCCGAUAUAUGA